UCUAAAGCUGCCCGGGUACAGAAGUACAGAAAAAGUUCCGUGUUCCUUGCAGUGAAGUACUUUUAGUCUCCUAUCUACUGCAUACACAUUUCCGUUGAUGUUCAGCCACUGGGAGAGAAUAACUUCAUGCCAGAAUAAGACAUGCAACAGUAGUGUUAUGGGCCCUGUGACCCUCUGAACUUGUUCAUUCCUUUUGUACUCAAUGCAAUAUGUUGCUGGCUUAUUUAUAGAUGCAAGCCGCAAAAAUGAAACACAGACAUGUAAUGCUCUGAUAAGAGACCAAAUGUUUUUCUGAACAAACAACGCGAAAUGUUCAGCUGACUUAAUGUGUUCUGUAGAGGAUUCUGCUCAUUAUCACUUUUGUGAAACUGAUAUUUUCCUAUUUCAAAGUUAAUCAAAAUCAUAUACUUUGGUUAUUUAGGUAAGAGUUAGUUUAUCUGGUUUACUGAAACACCAGCAACAAAACAGCAGAAGCUCACUACUGUAACUCAGUAGCUCGAAGAGAACAAACCAGGGCUCCCGAUGGCCUGAUACUUCCUUCCCUAGGAAAUGAAAAAGGAGUUGCCCGUUGAGAUAAGGUUAUCCACUUCCCACCGACAGUGUUCAGCAGAGAAUGAUCACACCCUGCAGUUGUAAUAUAUCGCCUCAUUUUGCAGUCGCUCAGAGACUAAUUCUCUCUGCUUAAGUCAUUCGUGUGCAGACAAGAGACAAGAAGAGUCUUUCACAAUGUGGGAAACAAAAAAACUGCCUCUUGCUGUGAUCGUUUUCACAGUUUCUUUUUACAAAGUGACUUCAGGGAGCACUGAACUAAUGGACAUGGCCCCGGAUGCUGUAGAUGACCUGUACAAUGGAUGCAGUGAAAAGGCAAUGAAGAAGUUUAUCGAGUCAGGCAUGUUAACACAAGAGCUGGAUCAAAAUGAGGGAGUCAAGAAAGCAUGGAAUGAAAAUAACAAGUGUUCAAAGCUAAUCCCUGGAGGAAUAAAAGAACACACUACCGCACUUUCAGCAAUGGCCAAUGGGGAUCCAGAUUCUAAAAAGGCUUUCAACAAUGCAGUGAAGACGAUGGGCACAAAUGAGAGCACAUAUGAAAACUUCAACUUCAAGUCUCUUCAUUUCCUGCUCAUAGAUUCCAUGAAGCUUGUGCAAAAUCAGAAUGCAAAGCAGUGCAAGACUGUGUAUUAUCUCUCAGAAGGUAUAUGCACAACCCAACUCAAAUCAAAGGUGAGAUUGGGAGGGUUCACCAUAGCCUUUAAGAGCUAUGGUGUGCUGAAGGAGUUUGAAGAUUGGAAUGGGCGAACCAUUUUUAAUAUCACUACAUGCUUCUUUUUCAACUUGGAUGAGAACGUUUGCAGUCAAGAUGAAGACAUGGUACUGUUAUCUCCAGUGGAAGUGUUUACUGUGAAGAGUGAGAAAAAAGUAGUUGACAGAAUCAAUGAGGAUUCAUACACUCAGAUCGUUUUGGAACAGCCAGAGCUGGGUAACUCCCACAACUGCUACAUCUUCUCACGGUCUCCAGCUGAUGUGUCCGCUCUGUGGCUUGUGUUGGUACUUGUCGUUUACCUCCUCUUUGGUAGCCUAAAACUGAUGAAGGAACCAUUCAAGAUUCCAUGUUGUUCUGAGACUUAUUGAAUAGUUACACUGCUGUGUUUGUCAAAACAAACAAUAAAAAAUCUGCUUUUUCUGAUGUCUGCUGAUCCAGGUGCUGCAUGCUUGUAAUCUGCUCUAAGAAUGUAGUCAUAUCACUGUUUUUAAUAUUUUCUCAACCAUGAUAUUUGAUUCACUGACUGAAACUCUUUUGUAUGUAUAACAGCUAAACUUUUUUACUUAUACCAACAUGCUUGAUAAACAGCAAUUUCUAUUUUUUCAUGUGUUUUGGGGCAUUUAAUGCUCAGGUUACAGUUUACGUUAAUGAAAUUACACAAAAUGAGUGGGGAGAGAAAGUCAGUAAGUGGAAUAGUCAGCAAUUUAGGUGCAUAAAUAUGACAUUUCAAGCAAAUAUUACUAGCUGAAACAUGUAUGAGUUGAGCUACAUGUUAAGACCACUCGAAGAAAUAAACUGCUUUAACUAA